AGAAUUUACGUGGAGUAUGGGUUUUUUAAACCUUUUAUGAUAAAUAUGGCAUAAUUAACUAUGGACACUUUAUAUGGCUUUUUUCAACUUUGGCAACAGUUUAUGGGAUUUUAAAGCCCAUACGGCUGGAACUAUUUUGCCAAAAGCCCAUAUUGUGUGUUUUGUAAUUUCUUUAGGUUAUUUUAGUCAUUUUAAGUGUUUAAAUUUUUUGGUACAGUUUUUUUUUUAAGAAAACCGUUUAUUGUAGAGGGGUUUUUGCAUGUAAUGAUGGUGAUUUGAUGGUUGCUUCCCCAUUUUAACUUUCUUUUUCAGUUUUCAAGUAAGAUCUAUAAACCCAUUAUAUCACUUUAUCCCUCUCAUUUUUCACUCUCUCACCUGUUCGGCUUCAUUUUUCCCUCUCUCCUCCGUUCGGCUUCACUUAAUCUUCUUUGUUCUGGUUCUGGUUCUUAUUUUUUUUUUUUUUGCUUUUUGGCUACCGAUUUUGGGAGGAAAUCAGGCACAUUGCCAUACUUUCCAUCCACCUCUUCCUAACACAAUACAACAUUUUCAUUUCUCAGGAAAGAAAGCUCACCCGACACCAAGAACAACAACCAAGCCUAGCAUAGCCUAGCCGCCUCUGCUCUUCAUCUCCUUUCUUCCAUCAACCAAUUCUUGCUAAAUCAGGUAUAUCUCUCUCUCUCUCUCUCUCUCUCUCUCUCUCUCUCUCUCUCUCUCUCUCUCUCUCUCUCUCUCUCUCUCUCUCUCUCUCUCUCUCUCUCUCUCUCUCUCUCUCUCUCUCAUUUUCUGGUUGGGGACGACCCAAAACUAAGUAUAGCCUAUGUUUGGUAUGUAUUUUAAAUUUUUUUGAGUGGGGUUUUGAGUUUACCGUGGGUUACCCUUACCUUUACAUAGCAACAAAAUUAACAUCUCAUCUCCGAAAAUGAUGUGUUUUAUUUAGCUUGGAAAAUCAUCAUCUCUCCAAAACUUAGCUUGGUAAAGCCCUAGUCGUUCUCCACUUCAGUUGUUCCCUUCCUCUUCACUUCACUGAACCAGGUAUCUCUCUUUCUCUCUCUCAUUUUCUGGUUGUGUGAGUUAAUUGGGGAUGAAGAUUUUGGGAAGGGAUUGGAGGUUUGCUGGCAGGUAGUGUUGGCUUUGAGGAGUUGUUUGUGGAAUCAGAGAUUGGAGUUUCAGCCAUCUUAAUUUCUGUGUUUUUCUAUGUUUUUUUUUUCUAUUCUCCAUUAACAUAUUCACAAGAGUAUGUAUGUAUAUACUAUAUAUAUAAUAUCUGAAUUUAUUUAUGUAUAAAUAUUUAUGUAAUGUGUUAAAAUUAAAAUCCAUGCAGUAAGAUCAAUAUUGACUUUAUUUUGAAUUUGUAUGAACUAUAGCUCAUCAGUUGCAAAUGGUAUAUCUUUUUAGUUCAAAUUUUCUUUGAUAUAAACUCUUUUUUCUUCUUUUGAGUUUAUUUCUAAUUUUAGUGUUGAAAUUGUUUUUACAGUGUUAUUAUCUCAAUUGGGUUGUCCAAGCUUAUCAGGUACAAUAGUCUUCCACUUCUAAUUUUAUUUGUUUGACUUUGAAUUCAAUGAUAAGUUUAUGUGUAUGUACUGUUAUUGUUUGCCUUCAGUUCCUUUUCUAAUUUUUUUGUGUCAUGUUUUUACUUUAUUGUUUGCUUUUAGUUCCUGAAUAGUUUCUGCUUAUGUGAGUCCAGUCUAUCUUUUGAUCACUGUCAGUCUUUAUAUGUCAUAGAUAGUUUGUUUUCAUAUGGUUGCUUUGCCAGACUCUAACUGCAGCUUUAUUUUUCUCUCAUAAGACCUUGAGGAUCAUAAUUAUUAAUUUUGUAUUUCAACAAUACUAAUUAACAUCACAUACAGGGUAUGUCAAGAAAUAUAUCCUAUUUACUUCUUCUCCCUUAGCUACCUUUUUUUUUCUCUUUAGAGCCAAAUACACGUUUAAAGGAAUCAAACUAAGAAACUGGUUUUCUUAUUUUUUUUUGUUUUGUUUUUAUUUAUUUUAAAAUUAUAAUGUGUUUGUUUCACUAUAUAUUUCAGAAACCGGUUUCCAACAUGACUGUAUAUUUGUUUAUUUUUAACAGGUAAUAUCAUUUUUGAAAACUGUUUGUUACAAUUUAUAAUGUAUUUAGAAACCGGUUUUUGUUUUUUUUUGUUUUAAAAUUAUAUGUGUUUGUUUCCCUAUAUAUUUCAGAAACUGGUUUCCAACAUUACUUUAUAUUUUGUUUAUGUUACAAUCAAACUAAGGUGAUCCUUUGUCUUAAUUAUUAUGAGAAGAAAAAAUCAAAACUAGUUUUCAGCUUCUAUACAGUUAAUUACAAGUUUCAUGUAAGAGACUGGUAAAUUUGUUAGUAGCAACUCAGUAUCUGUUUUCAUGUAGUUUGAUUAGUUUUGGAAUUGUGGUCAUAAUUGCUUUCUUUAGACAUGGUUAUGUAAAAUUCAACUUUAAAAUGAAAGGUCCUUUUUCAUAAGGAAAGUGCUUUUUAACUGUAAAAGUUGAAUCUGCUUUAAUGUCGAAUUGUCAAUGGACUGUGCAGUUUGUAUGAGUAGAUAUUCAAGCCUAGCAAGUUGACAUCACAUGCAGAUUUCCAUUUGUUCAUGUUUAAUCCAAAAAUAUAAAUAUUAUAUAUACACACUUUAUGCUUUGAUUAUGAAUUCGUGUGGGUAUUUGAUUCUACUAUCAUUAAUAUUAUAUUAAAUUCUAUUUGAUCAUUCCUAUUUUGGAAACAUGUCAAAAACCAGUUUUUACAGAUUGAUUUGUGUUAUUUGUGCGCUCUGUGAUUUUUGGUGUCUGGGUGGUUUUAAGGUUAAGGUUGAGGUGUGUUAUUGUUAGUUUGUAUGAAACUGGUUUUCAUGUUAAUUAUCAUGACUGUUUUUGUUGUUUUGUGGCUUAUGUUUAUUUUGUGUUUUUUUUUUAUCAGAUGGAGAGAGAAUCAGAUGAUAAAGUACCAUCUAAUGUUCAAAAGGUUGAGCCUUCUAAGAAGGCUAAAGGUCGACUGAAAAAAGAUUCACAGAAAGGCAAAGUUGAUCAUGUUAUGGAACCUUCGAAAGCUCCACCAUUAAGAAGAUCUCCAAGGAAAUCUAAUGUUGAUAUUGAAUUGCCUAAAGCCGAUGUUGUUUCUCAGAAACACGGUUGUAAAAAGGUGAGUAAGAAGGAUACGAAUGUCCUUCCAUCUGCGAGUGAUGAUGAUUUUGAAACCGAAAAAAUUGUCGCAAAACCUGUUUCAACUAAGAAAAGAAAAGCUGUUUCUGAUGACGCUAGUGCGUCAAAGAAAAGAAAAUCAAAGAAUGUUGGGGAACAUUCUAACUUGGAUAAAGUUUGUGAGCCUAGGGUUGCUGAUGAUCCGAAGGUUGUUAAUGUUGCCAAGAAAGGCAAGAAGAAACCAGUUUCAAAAUCGCUCGGCAAGAAGAAGAGCGAGGCUCCUUCCGUUGAUAUUCCUUUGGAAUAUUAUUUUAAAAUUGAUGUGAAGAAGAGGUUUGCUGGGAAACCUCAACUCUACAAUCCGUAUAAUGUCAUUGAUGAUAUCAACGAGAACCUGUCAGAUGAACAGAAGGAGUUGUUUCGCAAGUCUCCAUUUGGGCAUUUUCUUGAUGUGAGCAACUUCAACUAUCAGAUACAGCUGAUUCAUCUCGUUCUGUUGCGGCAGAUUCACACCGAAAGAGAUGAUGUUGAGCUUUGGUUCAAACUAGGAGACAAGGCUGUUCGUUUUGGAGUUGAAGAGUUUUCCACAAUAACUGGUUUGGAUUGUACUAAAUCCUAUGACGUUGAUCUCUUCAAAUCAAAGAAGUUGCUUGCAUACAAGGAGGCUAUUUUUUGCAUGCACGGGCUUACUGAGAAGCUUACGGUGAAGGAAGUUGCUAGUGUCUUCUUCAGUGGUGCUUUGAAAGACGACGAAGAUUAUGUGAAGAUAGCCCUUGUAUACUUCUUCGCUGGUUAUUUGUAUGGUUAUCCCCAAGGGAAAAAGAUUGACAACUUCAUCUUUGCUAUGGUUAAUGGGGAUGAUUACAUUGAAGUUUUUAAUCGGUUUGGAUGGGGUAAAUUAUUGUGGGAGAAGACUUUUCAUCACUUGAAGAUUGCAUUAAAAGAUGGGAACAACACCUUUGAACAGCUAGCUAAGAAGAAGAUGAUUGAGAAGGGUUACAAGCUUAAAGGCUUUCCUAUUGCGUUUCUUAUUUGGCUGUACGAGAUUAUCCCGUCUUUGUCUCCUCGAUUUUGCAAUAGAGUCAGCAACAAGAUUCCUCGCGUUCUGAAUUGGGAGAAUAGCCCUACAACAGAGUUUAGUGAGUUGAUUCAGGCUGUGUUCAACAAUCCGAAGAUUGUUGUAAAGGAUUUUGUUGCUUCAAGUGGUGAAAAAUCUGAAAGGCUUUUUUCUAAAUUCAAGUUUGAUCCUAAAUAUGUUCCAAAGAGGAUUGGUGGCUCUGUGUCUUCUAAUGAAGUAAAUGAUGAUGUGAAGGUAUCUCAUGGAAAGUUGGACCAGAUUUGUGCUGAAAUUACUUCUAUCAAAGAGUGCCAACAACAAAUCAAGGAUGGUAUUUCCAGCUUGAGGAUUGAGUUUUUGAGUGAAUUUGCUAAAUUAGCAGAAAUUAUCAAAGGAUUGAAGAAGAAGGAGAAUGAUGGAACCUCUAAGGACUCUGAAUUUUUUUCAUCACCUAUAAGAGAGGCAUACUAUCAGGAUAUAACGGAUGAUGGUGGUGCGUUACAGUUGUCCGUUCAUUCUGUUCAAGCUGAGGAGGAAAAGGAGACUUUGAAUUUUGAAAAUAUGUUUAUCGAUCCUGAUUUUCUUAAGGGUGUGGUUGAUAGCACUGUUAAGAGUGCUUUGAAGACAGAUGAUGUUUCGUUUGAUGAUGAUAGUGAUAAGUUGAGUUUGGUUUUGUACGAUGAAUCGUAUUUGUCUCCGGAGGUUCAAAAGAGGCAGCCCAAACCAAGCUCUGUUGUUCUGUCGCCAUAUGUUGUGGACUUUGGGUCUUCGUCAUCUUCGAAGGAAGACUUAAUGAGGAUUGUGGAAGAUGAUAAAUUUAUUGUGCAUGGAAUCAAUCCUUUUAAAGAUGAAAUUGGUUUUAAUACUAGUGCUGAGCAGUGCAUUAAGUUUUCCAAAUUUAUUGAUGAGAACAUUGUCAUGAAUAGGGGUGUGAAGAAGUACUCCGAUGCGGACAACAUCUUAUAUCCACCGAUGGAUUUUUCUUUCAUUGAAAUUUCCGAGAAGAUGUGGUUCUACGAGCUUCAUGCUUGUGGUGUUUUUCUGCGUGACAGUCAUUUGGAUGUGGUGUUCUAUUACCUCAGGAAAAAGAUUAAGCAAGACAAUAUUUUGGAACAGAGGAUUACCACUACUGAUUGUUUAUUUGAUCAAGUCAUGUGGAAUUCGUACAAUCAAUUUUUGAAAUCGGGUUCUAAUCCUUCUAGGAUUGACUUUGAUAAUGUCAUUCCUAGAUACAUGGUUGGUGAGUAUUUGUUUUGUAAUACUCCUUGGGUGCUUACUGACCAUGUUCUUAUGUAUGUCAAUAUUCAAAAGCACAAACAUUGGAUAUUGGUCCAUUUUGACAUCAAGGAGAGGAUGUUGAACAUAUAUAACUCCAUGUCUGGUGCUGUCAACAAGAAACGCGCUUUGGAUCAUGUCAAAGCUUAUUCUUCUAUGCUGCCGUUUUAUUUGGAGUAUCUUGAUGUGUAUUCUUCUAGGCCGGAUCUUAAUUUGGAUCAAGGUCCAUAUUCCGUUGGGAAAAGAGAGCCUUUGAAUUUCAAGUUCAUAGAUGGUCUUCCAAGUCAAGUCAAUAGUGACUGUGGAGUGUUUGUCAUUAAAUUUGCUGAAUUUUUCAUUCGUGGGAAAAUUCAUGACAUUCCAGCUAACAUGUCUGAUUUGGUAGCCGUAUAUAGAGAUGAUAUUGCUGUGAGCUUGUUUAUUCAUGCUAAGAGGAAACAAAUUGGUGGUUAUAUAACGGAUGAUGAAGUGAUGAAAAAGGGCAAGAAAUCAAAGGAUAAGGCAAAUGUCAAAGGGAAGGAUAUUCCAAAGGGAAAGCGCAAAGCGAAAUGAUUUCAAACAAUGUUCUAUAGUUUUUAGUUUUCAGACAAACUGGUUUCAUUUGGUUUUUUUUAUUAUUUUUUUUUUGUAUUUGAUAUUUUAAGACAAUGCUAUAUAGUUUUUUAGUGUUGUUUUUUUUUUUUUGAAAGACUUGUUACUUAGUUAAAGUGGUUGUAUUUUUUUGUUGUAAAGACUGGAUGUUUCAAUGAAUCAGCAACCCUUUGUAUUAUAAGUUUUUAGUUCAUGGCUAAUUUUUUUUUUAUUUCUUUUUUUAUUCUAACUGGUUUCUUUUUUACUAUUAAUUUCAAUUUUUUUUAUUUGAAUGUACUGUUAACUGAUUUUUGUUUUUUUUUUGUUUUGUUUUUCUUUUUAUGUAGGUGAUACCAAUGGCAGUAUGUGUUUUUAUUUAUUUGGUAAGUGGCACUUGGUUUUUUUAGUAUACUUUCUCAAUAACUGGUUUCUUGUUUUUAUAAAAUUUAUAUUUUUGAAUGUACCUUUUUGAAAUAAUCUAAGAUAUUUAGAAAAAAUCUUUAAAACAAUGAUUAUGUAAACAGAUAAAAUUUCAAAAGUGUAAAAAUGUUGUGUGUAUCCUUGUGAAAAAAUUAUAUUCUGUUCAACUUCAUUCAAAGUUGAGAAACCAGUUUCUAUAAAACUGUCAAUCACUAAAAUUAUAUAAUGUUCUACUUUAUUCAAUGCUGAGAAACCAGUUUUUAUAAAACUGUCAAUGAAUAUCUAUUUCUAUUGUAGCUGUUCAUUCAUUCUUCUUUGACUCGUUGCUAUUGUUAUUCUGUUUUGGUGGUUUGUAAAGCUGUGGGUUAUUGCACGUUCUUCGGUUGUGGCCAACUUUUCCGCACCUUGUACAUUUCAAGACAACUUUUGGUUCUCCUUUUGAUCUUAUUCUUUUCUUUCUAGGUCUCCCGGCUGGUUUUCUUGAUUUUGGUGGCCACACUAUUCUCUCCAUGCUCUCAGGUAUAGUCCAUUCUCUUUCAUUUGGUAGAGGAUGUACAGUUCUUUCAUAGGUUGCCUUCAUUGUUGCUGUUUUGUAAUAAUCGGCAACAUAGUCAUAAGCUCUUAAUCCUCUUUUUGCAAAUACAGCUAUUGCAUGUGAGCAUGGUAUCUCAUCUAGUUGGAACCUUCUGCAGCUGCAUGUUCUUUCCAAUAUGUUGAUUGUGAAAUCACCUUUUUCUUGCACCUUUACUUGGUACUGGAUUGUUGUGAUUGCGAUGACCUGUUUUUUUUUGUUUUGAAAUAUAAGAU